AUGUUUUCUCGUUUCGCCCGUCUCCCGCUCCGCAGAUGCCUCCACACCUCCCAGAGGCCUGCCACAGCCCCAGUUUCUCUUGGAAAGGCUGCUCGCUCGGUGCUCUGUGCAUCUGCAGUUGCCACCGCCUAUCUGGCCUGGCACAUGUCAAGAGAGGCCAAUGAACUAGCUCUUGACUCUCCUUUGACUUCACGAUCCACAGAAAAACAUCCCGCGUCCAAUGCAACGCGUCCUGUCCACGCUCCUCUUGUCCCCGCUCCGUCAGCAUCAUCGUCCGACAGUGACGCUUUCGUGCCCGACGAGCCCUCUGACACUGCUGACACUACACUCACGCCCUCUGACCCGCAGGGUGAAAUUCCUGCAUCGGACGGAGAUGUGCCUCCAACAGGAGGCCAGCCAGCAGCCUCUGGGGCAUUCAACCCCGAAACUGGAGAAAUCAACUGGGACUGUCCCUGCUUAGGAGGAAUGGCCCAUGGACCAUGUGGACCAGAGUUCAGAGAAGCAUUCUCUUGCUUCGUCUUCUCAGAGGCAGAGCCCAAAGGCAUCAACUGCGUUGAAAAGUUCCAAAACAUGCAGAAUUGCUUCAGAGCCCAUCCCGAAGUGUAUGCCGACGAAAUAAUGGAUGACGACGACGAGCCGGCCGAUGUAGAUUCGAGGGAUCAUUCUGACGUCAGCAAGAACCAAGAAGAAAGCCCUUCAGAAUUGGCCACCACAUCAAAACCACACAUUGAUGCAACACCCGCCGCGAGUGUCACCACCGACUCUUCGUAA